AUGGCGACACCUUCAUUUGAAAAUAAACUGGCCACAGCGAAGACAAUCUUAACUACUGCAGCUUCUGUUGCUGGUACAGUCAUGCUAGCUCGAUCACUGUUCCAAGAUUUCUUGCCCAAUGAUAUCCAACACUACUUAUUUUCCCGCUUUUGCAAAAUGUUCAACACUCGCUUCUCCCAUAUCACCAUAGUCAUUGACGAACUGGAUGGGUUAGCUAAAAACCAAAUCUACGAGGCUGCCAGUAUAUACUUGGGCUCCAAACUCGCUCCUUCAGCUAGCAGACUCAAACUGAGCAAGCCUGAGAAAGAACACAAUAUUAAACUGACCACGGAAAGCCAUGAAGAAAUGGUCGAUAUGUUUAAUGGAGUUAAACUGAAGAGGGUUUUAGUUUGUAAAGAAUUUGAACCCUGGAGGUUGAAUAACUCUCGUGAUAUGACCCUCGGUACUCGAUCAGAGGCAAGGGCUUUGGAGCUUACUUUCCUGAACCUCGAUCAUCCUGCAACAUUUGAUACAAUUGCCAUGGACCCAGUGGAGAAGGACAACAUGUUGAAGGAUCUUCAAAGGUUUGUGGAGAGGAAAGAUUACUAUAGAAAGUAG